CGUGCAUCUGGCUGUUAUCAACACGCCAUUUGCUCUCGCGGAAAACAAUAUUUGGCGUGUGACAUAUUUACUGAUCAUACAUGAAAAGCACGAUUAAACGGGAAGAAACGAAGGUUAAAGAAGUCUUGCGUAUAAAGACGACGCGCAAUGGAUUAUCAGUCAUUCGUUUGAGUAGAUAUUGAUCAGACGUCAGAAGGAGGAAAUGACUUAUUGCAUAGCAACAAGAUAAGAUUAUCUAAGAGGUAUAAGAAAAGCUGAGAGGAAAAAAAACAUCAAAACAACGUACUGCGGAAGGCAAUUCGAGGAAAAUUAAGCUGAAGCUGAAGUUAUGAGGAAGACACAUUUUGGUUCGAAAUUUGGUAUCGUUUUACUUUGGUUGCAUCUAGCUUACCAGCAGGAUGCUUACAACUCCAGCGAAGUCAGCCCAGCAUCAGCGCAAGGAAAGGCAGCAGAUCCCCCGUUGAACUGUGUUCAGAAGUUUUCUUGUCACAAUAAAUGCCGUAAAGAGUCAAAUGAAACGAAUGAGUUCUCUAGAGAUGUUGAACACUGCCAUUGUGAUCCCGAUUGCCUCAAGUAUCAAGACUGCUGUGCAGACUUCGCACACUAUUGUAAUCCUGGCCCAGUGACAAAAGGGGACCCAACUGGCCCUAGCUAUUCCUGUGCGGACAUAUCCACUGAUCAAGAAAAAGGUGUGUUCAUGAUUUCCACGUGUGCAAAAGACUGGAAAGACGAAAGUGAUUCAUAUAUUAAAUGUAUGGAGGCCUCCAAGAAUUCGAAUCGGUCUUUUACAUCUGAAAACAUCGAAGAGGACAUUCCAGUGUAUAAUUUCCUUAGUAGGAAUAACUAUAGAAAUGUUCACUGCGGAAUUUGUAACAGACUACCAAGGCCUUUUAUUUUCUGGCAGUUAAAAUUUCGAUGUAAUAUCCAAGCUCCAUCCCAUUACAGCAACAAACAGAAAUUGGACUUUUAUCUGAAAUACUGCCGAUAUAAAUCCAUGGAACCAGAGGAUUCCUUUGUCGUGCGUACUUGUUUGCCAAUGGUCUCCACAUGCCCAGUCGACAAUAAACACAAGGAAGAGUGCAUGAAGGGAAAUACUGGAAUUGUCUUUUCCGAGAAAAUAAACAAGAACUUCAAAAACAUUGACUGUCUGCUUUGCAAUGGCGAAUCGUUAGACGGCGCUAAGUGUGGUCCAUUGGAUAAAGGGGAAAUCUUCAAUCCAAAAUCAUUUGAAAUUGUCAUGGACUUUUCACCGGAAGAAACUCUUAAACCUUCACUGAACUCGUUUUCCACAUCUUGUUCUGAGACUAAAGUGUUUGAUCCACACUUAGAAACCUGUGAAGACGGUUCUGUUCGGAAUCCUUCUUUAGCUGUUCGCGAUACGUAUCGCAUUAAACAAUGGAUGUAUCCCGCGGAUGACAUCGAAAGACCCAUAUUACAGCCAGAGUUUGUCAGUGGCUUUUGCUCAACGUUUGCCUUGGAGCCUUCACAAAUUUAUGUGAUAUCAAAUUCAUCAGAAGAAGGAAUUAUUGUCGUGGAAUUCAACCUGUAUGCUGGCCAAGCGGUUAGGGGUAAUAACGAUAAUGAAACCUUGGAUGUGGCUGCUCUUCUUAAUUUCAACGAAUCAUUCCCUAUAAUAAUUGCAAACAAGACCUGGUUAGUGGUUAGGGUCACUCAAAGGCAGUUAUCUUGCACAAACCGAGAAGAGUAUUUCCAUGACGAAUACAGAAUAAAGCCCACUGGUGAAGCCUUACUAAAUAAAACUGGGGACAAUCAUCAAGAACUGAUCCCGCCAAAGAAGUUCUUCAUCAAACACAACGAUAACGGUAACGAUUCCUUGAUUGUUUGCAGGUCUACAUUUAGUGUCUUGUGCCCUUUCAAACUCCUCCUGGUAAGCGGUUCUCAGUUUAAAAUCUUUGCAAACAAGAGCUUACUGCAUACUACCACUGGUAAGGUCUACUUGACCGAAGAAUACACCUUGAUUGACGAAGUUAAAAAAGCAUGGAUAUGCACUAAUUACACUGAGACCCCGACGGUUACAAGGAAACCGACGAUAACAAGCCGGGAAAAUACGAUUCUGUUAUACUUUACAAUCGCUGGAUUUUCUAUCUCAAUGUUUGCUCUUUUCCUCACCCUGACGAUACAUAGCGUUUUCGUUGAGCUCCGAGGUCCUCUUCCAGGUAAAAAUCUGAUGAGUCUGUGCUUUGCCCUUCUGCUGGCCCAGUUUAUGUGGCUGUUUGGAUCUGGAGACACUGACAAGCCAACAUUUUGUACCAUUGUGGCGGUCGUUAUGCAUUACCUCAUUUUGGUGUCCUUUGGGUGCACAGCCGUUAUCGCCUUUGACACUCGCCGAACUUUCUCCGACCAGAUUUCCAAGGCUCAAUCAAGAUCUCUCGGAAAAAGCCGGAACUUUCGUUUCCUGGCGUACACGUGCUUGGCAUGGGGUGUUCCUUUGCUUUUUGUGGCUGGCUGCGCCCUGCUUGACCAUUUUCAAGUGGUCUUCAUCGGCUAUGGUAACGAAGUCGCCUGCUGGAUAGACAGCAGCAAUGGAAAGAUAGUUACUUUUGCCACACCCAUAGCUUGCGUCCUCCUUUACAACUUUGGGGCCUUUACGCACACUGUAUGGGCCAUCAACAGUGCAAGAAAGCAGACACACCGAGUGAAAUCAUCUCGCCAGGAUCAAAUGGCAGUUUUUAAAAUAUAUGUUCGCCUGGCCUCCCUGAUGGGUUUCACAUGGUUUUUCAGCUUCAGCGCUGAGUUCAUCCACAAAGCACUCAUCUACCCUUUUGUUAUGCUCACAACCACUCAAGGAGUCUACAUAUUUGUUGCGUUCAUCUGCAAGGCCCGAGUGCUCAAGCUUUUGAAGGAGAGGUUUCCUGGAUCCAGGAAGGAUGCAAUGGCUUCCACUCAGCACACGGCAAGCACAGAAUGUAGGAGUAUACGUGCAUAUUCUCCCAAAAAAUCUGAGAGAGACACUCGUUUUUAA